UCUAUCAGAUUUUUCCGUGUAAGAAAAUUAGGACGAGUAUUGUGUGUGUAUAUAUAUAUAUAUAUAUUUGUGUGCGCGUGAUUUGAUAGAAGAAGUUGGAAAUGGAGGAAGGAGGCCCGGAACUCAGAUUGUUCGAUAGCAGCGAAGAGCUGUCAUCAGGACUUGCUGAUUACGUCCAUCAAAUUUCUGAGUCUGCCAUAAAAGAGAGAGGUUCAUUCUCUCUUGUUCUCUGCGGCGGAGAUGUUCCAAAACGCUUGGGGAAGCUAACGAGUUCAGCUUUCUUGAAAAUGGUGGAGUGGUCGAAAUGGCAUGUGUUUUGGGCAGAGGAGAACGUGGUUGCUAAGAGACACCCAGAUAGCUUAUUCUGGCAAGCCAAAGAAUAUUUUCUUUCCAAGGUUCCUAUACUUCCAGCUCACAUUGUUCCCGUAAGCCACGACCUACCGGGAGAAUCUGCAGCCAAUAGCUACGAGUUCUCCAUCAGGCAACAUGUUAGAAAACGAACGGUCUCAGUUUCUCCAUCAAGCGAUUGCCCCAGAUUCGACCUCAUCCUUCUAAACUUUCCUCUUUCUCACCAGCCUGUGCCUGGAGAAGACACCCAAUGGGUUUCAUGCGUCUCGAACCAUGGAUCUAAAGAAAGAGUGAUUCUCACGCUCCCUGUCAUCAAUGCUGCAGCCCACGUGGCUAUUGUGGCCUCAGGCCCUGAGGUGGCCCCUCAGUUUUUGGAUAUGAUGAUGGGUAACAAGUCCAUCGAGUCCAGUCCGGCCCGUAUUGUCCAGCCCUUAGAUGGCAAGCUGGUUUGGUUCGUAGACGCCACUGCUGCUUCCUUGUUUCUCCGCGGCAAGGGAUGCGCUGCCACUUCAGUAAUUGUUCUUGCAGGUCAUACCUCUGCGUCAUCUCCAUCAGAUAAGCCUAAGGAAAAUCUAGAAAACCCCACGCCUGCUCACGGCAGCAACCAAGCAGACAGUUCGAACUAUGAUGGAGGGUGGAAAUACAAUUGUGGGUGUGGCUUAGCUCCUGACGGAAGUUGGAGUUACAACUGGGGAACAGGCUCAGGACCCGAUGGAAGCAAUUUCGGCUUUGGCUCGGGCUCAGGACGAAGCCCUGAUGGUGGGAGCGCCGGAUAUGGCUUUGGUUUUGGCAGUUCCGGUUCUGGCGGUGGAAGCUCGGAGUCUUACGGAGUUGGCACCGGUUAUGGAUGUGGAAGCAAUGGUGGAAUUGUGAGCAAUGGUGGAGGUUUCCCAAACUUCAUCACUUUCUUCUUCAUUUUUGCGAUACCCUUCUGCUGAAGACACUGGAAUUUAAAUACCCACACAAAGAUCAAGCACUUCAUCCAUCGGGCAUGCUAAAAUCAGCUUCCUAUGUCAUAUAUUCUUUGAGCCGAAGAGGUAUCUCUCAAUGAAGUCUGCUUCAGGUGUGGAGAUGGUAUUAAAUUGGUAUCUCAUCAUCAUGCUGUUUGAGAUUAUCAACUUUUGAUAAAAGUUUGGCCUCUUUGUUCUCUGUACUUUCUUAGCAUCUGAGGAUUCCAGAUUUGGCCAACAAGUUCACGGCGGAUUACUGAUUUUAUUGUU